AUGAUUCAAACUCUACUGCUGUGUUUUAUACAUGGGUUUAAGGGGGAUGAUGAGACGUUUUUUGAAUUCCCACGGGAUCUGAAGAAAUACGUCCAAGAGACAUCCCCCGAGCUUCAUGUGAGCACGGCUGUUUACCCCAAGUAUGAGACCAAGGGGGAUUUGGCCGGGUGUGUGGAGACUUUCCGCGAAUGGUUACAAGAUCAAGUUACAGAUCUAGAGACAGAUGCUGCGACACCGUCAGCUAUAUUGAAUCCUUCGGUUUCGGUUAUAUUGUGUGCGCAUUCUAUGGGCGGUCUCGUAGCAGCAGAUACCCUCUUCUCAGUCCUCUCCAACCGCCCAACAUGCAUCUCCCCAGAUCCCAGCACCCCGCGCCUCAUGUUCCCUCUCGUCCAAGGUCUGAUCUCCUUCGAUACGCCCUACAACGGACUCGCGCGUAGCAUGUUCGCCUACGGCGCUUUCUCCCAGUACCAGAAUAUCAGCGGGGUGUGGAACAUCGUCUCCACGCUCUCAGGGGGAAUCGGUAUGGGAAGUGUAGCCAGCGCCGCGAGCUCAAGCACGGCGACCGGUGCAAGGUCUGCCCAAAUAGCCAGCGCCACCGCAGCUGGUUCGCAAGUAGUAGCAAGUCAAGCCGGUUGGAAGCGCUGGCAAGCCCUCGCAUCACGAACCGGGACAGCAGGUGCCAUCAUCGCAGGCGGAGUAACAGCCUACAUGCACCGCGAGCAAAUCGGCCAGAGUCUACGCAAGCUGAACCGCGCAAACAUCUCGUCCUCACUGUCCCGCGAUAACCUCUCCCAAGGCCUGUCGUACGUCAGUCGCGAGAGCAUCGGCGACGGCUUCACGUGGAUGGCAUCGCAUCUGAAGUUCGUCGGCGCGCUAAUGAAGCAGGAGCAGAUGACGACGCGGCUGGAACGCCUGUCGGCUCUGAAAGGUGUAGGGGUGGUGAAUCUGUAUACUUCUCUAGGGGAGAACGGGUAUUGGAGUGGUGGGUAUUUUGUGCCGAAGCGGACUUUCUGUGCGGUUCCUGCAGAGGGGGAGGGCGAGGGAGGGGAUAAGAGGAGGUUGUUUGUGGAAGUGCCGAAUACGAAGGCUGCGAAUGAGAUCGAGGCUCAUUGCAGCAUGUUCCAGCCCGAGAAGAACUCUGCGUAUGAGGAUCUUCUGACGAAGACGGGGGAGUUGGUGCGGAAGUGGGUGGGUAAUGAUCCGAGGAAGAUGGUCGAUGAUUAUCAGCCGGACGCCAGACAACGCGCCAUGAGCAUUACGGAAAGUGAAAUUUUGGACGAUGACGGGAAGAUGAAGCAGGAGGAACCUGCAUCUGCAUCUGAAUUUGGAUCUGGAGACACGGCUGCGGAGAAUGACAGUCAGAAGGUUGUUUCCGAGGACGAUAAACAGCUUCAGGCCAUCUUGUCCUGUCAAGAUCUCCCGCAACCUGAAGACGGAGGCAUUACCGACGAGGACUUGAAGCAGGCGCUGGAAGUCCCACUUCCUGUGGAAGAGACGCUAGAUCAGGCUACUGAGGUGUCAUUGCCGGUUGAUGAUUCUGGGUUGAAGGAAAAGGGGAAGAGUUGGGUUCCUGCCAUGCCUGGUAUGCCUGGUAUGCCUGGUAUGCCUACCAUUCCUUCUAUGCCGAAUAUGCCUGCUAUGCCGGCAUAUCUGAAGCGGAAAUGA